AACUUUUUGUGUUUCUGAAUUGGAAAAUCAAAAAUUUCAAGAAGUGAGAAAAAAUGAAGAGAGUGAUGAAAUUCUUUAAGCGAAAGUCUGAUCCUAAGCAAAAGCUUCGAGAUUGGCAACGAAAGCUACGACAAGAAGUCCGUAACAUUGAGCGCCAAAUUCGAGAUAUUGAGAGAGAAGAAAGAAAUGUACAUAAAGCUAUCAAAGACUCGGCGAAGCGGUAUGAUAUGGUCACUGCUAAGGCACUUGUUAGGGAAAUAGUGAGAUCGAGAAGAACGGUUAAGCGGCUAUACGAGAAUAAAGCGAAGAUGAAUUCAAUAUCAAUGCAUCUUAGAGAGAGUAUUGCGAUUUCGGGAACAGUUGGGCUUCUUUCGAAGAGCGGUGAGGUUAUGAAGCUUGUUAAUAGUCUAAUGAAAGCUCCAGAUAUGGCUGUGACAAUGCAGGCAUUUAGCAAAGAGAUGACCAAGGCUGGGGUUAUUGAAGAGUUUGUAAGUGAUGCGGUUGAUAAUGCCUUAGAUUCUGAGGAUAUCGAAGAGGAGAUCGAGGAAGAGGUUGAUAUGGUAUGGACUGCCAUAGCAGGAGAGACUGCAGCUGAGCUCCCAGAAGCAGUUAGGAAGGAAAAGAUAAAUGUACUAGCGCAAAAGGCGGGAACUUCACACGGGGAAGAUGCAAUUGCACAAGGAGUUGAUAAUGAAGACGAACUAGAGGACAUUAGAGCUCGGCUCGCCAAUGUUAGAUUUUGACUGAUAUAUACUGGAUCAUACUUGUGAGUCUUUUCUUAGAACCAUUUUCUAUUCUUGGUCGAUAUCUGAACUGGACUGAAGUGAUGAAAACAGGGAAAGAUCAAAGCUUUUGGUCAGUGAUUGUGUCAUUUGUAUAGAUACUAAAGAAAGUUGAGUUUU